AUGUCUGGUUUCCCAGUCACGAAUGGAGUGACCACGUUCAGUGCGCCGCCCGAGGGCUACGUGGUUGAUUUCGACAAUCCGCAACAACAAAAGGUGCUGGAGCACUAUUUGUUGUUCGGCAUUGGGGGCAGUCUUGCUUUCAUAGCGCUUUUGCAAAGAUUUUACACCAAAAUCUACCUUUCGAAAGGUUUACACAUUGACGAUGGUUUCAUGCUCCUGGGUUGGACUGACUUUGGCAAGAUCGCAUCGGUGAUCACACAAGCCAUGCUCGUCCAAUCGAUUGUAGAGAAGGGCUUCUGUACCCAUUCCUGGGAGAUGCCUCUGGAGAGAUUUGCGCGGUACUCGGUGACCACGUAUGUUACGGCACCUGUCUUCAUGCUCUGCAAUGGCUUCACCAAGCUGUCACUGUUGACCUUCUAUCUUCAACUGUCUCCGCAGCUAUACUUCCGCGUAGCCGUCUGGAUAAGCAUUGGGAUAGUGGCCACAUACACAGCAGUCAUUACGCUGCUUAUGAUAUUCCAUUGCAAUCCAGUCAAAAAAGCCUUCGACUUCACAGUCACCGAAGGCACGUGCAUGGAUGCUGGUAUACUGUACAUCGCGACUGCUGUGUCCAACAUCAUUACCGAUGUCAUAUUGUUUGCCCUUCCUAUACGCACAGUCCUGGGGCUCCGUAUGGGUCUAGAACAGAAGCUUGGAGCCAUUUUCAUCUUCGCUAUAGGUUCUGUGACAAUUGCAACAUCUAUCGUUCGCCUUGCACUGCUGCCUCCUGUGCUUAGAAGCACUGACCCUUCUUGGGACGCGGCACCAGCCAACCUCUGGACGUUUGUUGAAGCGAAUAUCUUUAUUAUAUGCGGCUCGAUCCCUACCCUUCGCAAGUUUUUCAAACACUUCGCACCGAGAUUAAUGGGGUCAUCCAAUGCAACAUCAAAACCAUCCUAUAUUGCAGAACAAUAUGCCUCCAGACACACUCGAACAAGGAAGCAAGGAAAUCAUUACGAGCCAUUUCCGGAUGAUACCGAGAUGAUGGCAUACUCUCCCCAACGCGAUGCAACGGGCAACAAGGCAACAGGGACAUCAACCGUGGUCGAUAUUAAUCCGAGGAGGGCAGCAGACAAUACCAGCCAGGAAGCUAUUCUACAGACCAAAUCGUACACCGUCCAAUAUGAAUAA